CGAAGUUCCUCUUUUCAUCUUAAUUAUUGAAUGAUUAUUGAUGAUCAGCACCAAAUCCCAAUUUGAAUCACAAACAAACAUGUUGUUCAAGUACUCUUUGUUCUUGAUAUUACUCCUCUUCUUCUUCAUACCUUCCUCAGACGCUUUCAACAUAACGAAAAUCCUGAGCCAGUACCCGGAUUUCAGCACGUUUAAUGAUGGGUUGACCCAGACUGGGGUAGCCGGUGCCAUAAACUCUCGCCAGACAAUCACCGUCCUUGCGGUCGAUAAUGGUGGUAUGUCGGGCAUCUCCGGAGACGCAUUGAAGAAAGUGUUGAGCCUUCACGUGGUGCUCGACUACUAUGACGUCCAGAAAUUCCGGCAGCUGCCUAAUAAAUCCGAUACUCUGACCACUCUUUUCCAGACUAGCGGGCAGGCUAAUGGGAAACAGGGCUUCUUGAAUGUGACCCGGACGAGCAACGGGGUGGUCUUUGGGUCUGGCGUCCCCGGGUCUAGCCUUAAUUCAAAUCUAGUGAAGUCUAUUACUUCUCAGCCCUAUAAUAUAUCGGUCUUGCAAGUGAGCAGCGCGAUAGUGCCCCCAAACGGAGGCGGCAUUGGCUCCGGUAGUAAUUCGAGCUCGAACUCGACGGGCUCGCCCUCGCCCACAUCUGCCCCAAGUAAGUCUCCGCCCACAGGCACCCCGACUUCCAGUCCUGCUGGUUCCCCGCCGCUUAAGUCAAACGCCACUGCCUCUGCCCCGUCUAAUAGCAGUUCCGGCUCAGCCUCAUCACCUAGUGAUGCCAGUUCACCUAGCGGUGCCAGUUCACCAAGCAAUGCCAAUGGCCCCUCCAAUUCCACUGCUGACUCACCGUCAAAUGCCGCUGCUCCAACGGUCGAUGCCCCAACUGCUAGUACUCCCGCAACUUCUUCUCCCACAGCGCCGCCAGCAGAUGCUCCGGCAGCUGAUGCACCGGGAGGCCGGAAAUCUUCUGGUGCCCAUACUAGACCGUACAUCUACCUCGGUCUGAGCUCAGCAUUUGGAGCUAUAGCUUGGUCCUCCUUGGCCAUAGUUUGAUUAUAGGGUAGAGGUAGAGCAUUAAAAAGAAGGUGGAGAAGAAGUUCCCUUCCCCGUCCAUGAAUUUAUAUAUAUAUAUAUACACACAUAUAUGUAUAUAAACAUGAGAUGCGCAUCUGUGAUGUACGUUGAUUUCUUAAUUUACUUGUGUGUGUAUAGUAUAACUGUAAUUUUAAUUGAUAAAAAAACUUUAUUUAUGUUA